CUCCACGUCUUUGCCAAGGACUGCUUCCCCGAGAGCUACGUCCCCACCGUGUUCGAGAACUACACGGCCAGCUUCGAGAUCGACACGCAGCGCAUCGAGCUCAGCCUCUGGGACACCUCGGGGUCUCCUUAUUACGACAACGUCCGCCCGCUCUCCUACCCGGACUCGGAUGCUGUCCUGAUCUGCUUUGACAUCAGUCGGCCAGAAACCCUGGAUAGUGUCCUAAAAAAGUGGAAAGGGGAGAUCCAGGAGUUCUGCCCCAACACCAAGAUGCUUCUGGUGGGCUGCAAGUCGGACCUGCGCACCGAUGUCAGCACGCUGGUGGAGCUCUCCAACCACAGGCAGACCCCCGUGUCCUACGACCAGGGUGCAAAUAUGGCCAAACAGAUUGGAGCAGCCACAUACAUCGAAUGCUCAGCCUUACAGUCAGAAAACAGUGUCAGAGACAUUUUUCACGUCGCCACCCUGGCGUGUGUGAACAAAACAAACAAAAAUGUGAAACGAAACAAAUCUCAGAGGGCCACAAAGCGAAUUUCACACAUGCCUGGCAGGCCAGAACUGUCCACAGUGGCCGCGGACUUGAGAAAGGACAAAGCAAAGAGCUGCACGGUGAUGUGAAGGAGCUGGGAUUUCCUGGAGGAGGAGGAGGAAGAUGAUCCAGGAGGGGUUGGAGCUCAAUGAAGUCACAGCCACAGGGUGUUUAAUGAGGGCUUUGCCAGUGCUUUCAUGGAGACUUCUCCUGUUGUGUGAGACUGUACUAAAGGACUGAGCAGCAGGAAGAAAAGGCUCUGAGAGAGGUGGCAUCAGGAAUUUCUGUUGAAGACAAUGCCAAAAAAAAAAA